GUGUGGAGCCCAUAGCUGGACCUCUGCUUUGCUGGCUUCAAGCUCUCCUUUGUUGGUCUUUUAUGGGGUUUGUCUGCUGAGAUAUACCAGAGUUUUCAGUUGCCUCCAAUCUCCACUUACUCUCUUUCAAAACCCCCCAUUCACUUCUCUUCAGCAAUCUCAUCAACUUCACCAACAAAAAGGAGUGGAAGCAGGCACAAACCAUUCACAAAAAGUCCAUCUCUUUUCCAUUUUUCUUGUUUUGAUGGAUCUGCAGAUCUAGCCCCUUGGAACACGGAUAAAGUUCUUGGUGGUUUUCCCAGAUCUUCAGCUGUAGAGCGGCGCAGCUCACCAAAUUGUAAAGUGUUGGACCUUCUGGAUUUCAAAUGGUUGACCAAUCGCUUGCUUGAGAAAAAAGUGGAUUUGACCAUUCUUUUUUCAAACCCCUUUUGUACUUGUACUAUUUCUUUGUCGUGUUGUCGAGUAGAGGACGGAACAAUUCAAAAUUGGGGUACUCGGCUCCAGUUGAACUGAGUCCUUAUUAGAUGUGGAGAAUUUGGAGGGUUGUUUGGAUGAGAUGAGGUAUGUUAUCAGGGUUGAUGAACUUUUUGAGGGCCUGUUUUCGGCCAGGGUCGGAUCGAUAUGUUCACACGGGUUCGGACGCUGGUGGUCGCCAGGAUGGGCUCCUGUGGUACAAAGAUUCUGGGCAGCACUCUAGUGGUGAAUUCUCGAUGGCUGUUAUUCAGGCCAACAAUUUACUUGAAGAUCAUAGCCAGAUUGAGUCAGGCAGUUUGAGCUCACAUGAGUCUGGCCCUUAUGGUACCUUUGUUGGAAUUUAUGAUGGGCAUGGUGGACCCGAGACGGCCCGGUACAUCAAUGAUCACCUCUUCCAUCAUCUCAAGAAAAAUGAAAAUCACACAUCAACCAAGCCAACCAGGCUUCCUGGAUACAAUUAAAUGGUUUACUUCAGAGCAGCAAUCCAUGUCAACGGAUGUAAUACGCAAGGCUUUUCAAGCAACAGAAGAGGGGUUUAUCUCUCUUGUUGCUAGACAGUGGUCCAUCAGACCACAGCUUGCAGCAGUCGGAUCAUGCUGCCUGGUUGGUGUUAUUUGUGGUGGGAAUCUUCACAUCGCCAACCUUGGCGAUUCCCGUGCGGUUUUGGGGAGACUUGUGAAGGCAACUGGGGAUGUUCUAGCCAUUCAGCUGUCAGCUGAGCACAAUGCUUGUAUAGAGUCUGUUAGACAGGAGCUGCAUUCUCUGCACCCGGACGACAAUCAAAUUGUAGUUUUAAAGCAUAAUGUAUGGCGUGUAAGGGGCCUUAUACAGAUUACUAGGUCUAUUGGUGAUGUAUAUUUAAAAAAGGCUGAGUUCAACAGGGAGCCUUUAAUUGCCAAGUUUCGCCUUCGUGAACCAUUCAGAAUGCCAAUAUUGAGCUCAGACCCAGCAAUUUCAGUGCACCCACUCCAGCCACACGAUCAGUUUGUUAUAUUUGCAUCUGAUGGGCUCUGGGAGCACCUUAGCAAUCAGGAGGCAGUAGAUAUUGUUCAAAGUCACCCUCGCAAUGGAAGUGCAAAGAGGCUGGUGAAAGCUGCUUUACAAGAAGCAGCAAAAAAGAGAGAAAUGAGGUAUUCAGACCUGAAGAAGAUUGACCGAGGGGUUCGUCGGCAUUUCCAUGAUGACAUCACAGUGAUUGUUGUGUUUCUUGACUCAAAUCUCGUGAGCAGGGCUAGCUCAGUCAAAUGCUCUAAUAUCUCUGUGAGAGGAGGUGGGAUCAACCUGCCUGCCAAUACUCUUGCCCCUUUCGCUACCCCCACUGAAGCUGGCUCUACCUGAUGACGCCGUUUCUCAUGUUUUUAUCUGUUGUACUAUUCUCUUGUGUGAAUACCAGGUAGCUUUCAAAAGAGAUAAGAGGAGCAGCCCUUCAAUUCUUUAAUGUACACUGUAACUUUUAACUGGGAACUGAUACUUGCAUUUUAGCUUCUGUGCCACAAAGCAAAAAAAAAAAAAAAAAAGGAACUGCAAACAGAGCUUCAAGGUGAUGGUUAUAAUAGUUAUUUCCUUGGGACAGUUCUUACUACCUUUAUUUUUUCCCUUUGAUCUUUCAUCCUUUUCAUUUGUUGGGGUUUUUGGCUUUGUAAAUUGUACGACUUGGUAAUCUAAACAUCCUUAUUUGUUGCUCAA